AUGGCGAGCUCCGACGCAAUGGCUGACAACGUUCUGUUGAUGCUUACGGAGAAGUGCUCCGGUAUCGACGGGCUGCUGGACACAUUCUUCUCCUUCCUGGGACGCCGCACCGACUUCUACACUCCACCUGGCGGAGAUGAUCCCAAUCUUCAUUUAGAGUACUGCGUGAAACUGGUUUCGCAACGUUGCCGCCAGGCUGGCGCAGCGGCAAUAGAGGCCAAACGCAGAGAAGCAGAGUCGAAGCGUCAAAAGGAAGCUGCCAAACCCGUAGUGCAAGCGGAUAAUUCAGUCAUAGAUGUCACCUCUGGCGACCCCGACUCUGUUAUAGAGAUCUCCCGGAAUGCGGAGCCCCCGGAGGAGGUUGAAGAGCACUCCGAGGGGGAGACUGACGACUCUCCUCCACCUGGCAACGGUGGAACCACCGAAUGGUAUGUCUGGACUCAGACACUGGCGGGCGUCGAAGUCUCCGCACCCGUCCCUGCCGGCACUAAGAGCCGCAACAUCAAGGUCGAUAUUUCUCCGAAUAGGAUGACCGCCCAUCUGAACGGCUCAGUGCUGUUCGGUGGGGAUUUGCAUGAGACUGUUAGAAGUGACGACUGUUUCUGGACGUUGGUCGACGGGAAGACCCUGCAAAUAACUCUGGAAAAGCUCAACCAGAUUCAAUGGUGGCCGUGCGUAAUUAAAGGGCACCCAGAGAUUGAUGUGAAGAAAAUCGUGCCGGAGAAUUCCAAGCUAGGUGACCUAGACCCUGAGACCCGGCAGACCGUGGAGAAGAUGAUGUUUGACCAGCGCCAAAAGGCCGCAGGUCUGCCAACGAGUGCACAGGCAUCGCAGUUCGAGGCUCUGGAGAGGUUCAAAAAGGCUCACCCCGAGCUGGACUUCUCCAAAGCAAAUAUAAACUUCUCUAGCUGA